AUGUCUGUGUCGAGGAAUCCUUUUGCACAACCCGGCACACAAUAUGUACAUCCCGAGGUCCAGGCAGCGGCAUACCAAUACCCAGACAUCUCCGGUGGAUCAUAUGGUUCACAGAACGGGUAUCAGCAACAGCAAUUUUCUGGUCAGCAGCAGCAAUAUCCGCAAUCGGCAGGCUCCGUCUCGGGCAUGUAUGGUCAGCAACAACCUCAGUACCAACAACAGCCGCAACAGCAACAGCAGUGGAGCUACGGUUCGGGCUCCGGCGUAGGGAUGGGCGGCAUGCCAAGCAGUCAGCAGGGACUGCCUUCCCAAAACAGCAAUAUCUACGGCCAGCAGUACUCCAUGCCCUCCCAGUCGUAUGGUGCCGGUGGGGGCGUGGACAUGGGUGGGAUGGGAACGCAAAUGGGUUACACGGGGUACCAGAACGGCGGAUAUGGGUACGGUCCUUCUGCUGCUGGCACUGCUGCUGGCGGUGGACGUGUGCCUAAUCCUGCCGUGUCUGCUUUCGAUCCGCUCUCCCAGCAGCCUCAGCAGCCAACCCAGCAGCAGCAGCAAGCAUAUCAGCAACCCCGGCCCCAGCAGGAACAGGUGAAGAUGCAGCCUGGAUUGAUGCCUACUAUCUCGAACUACGGAGCUCCGGACUCAAAGUACAACGAACACCCCCGGCAGCUAGUGAUUCGCACGAAACGGGAACUCGAGGCGUGGAACGAGGGUGCAUGGAACAAGCUCAUCGAAUGUGUGGAGGCACUCAGGGAAGCGUGGCAAGCCAGAAAGGCGUACUUGGAUCAGUUGCCGAAGCAGUGGCCAGGGAUAAAUAUCGAUGUCCCUGCAAAGAUGAAAGAAGCGAAGGAUAUCACUGCCGUCCGCUGGCAGCUCGCUGAGAUCAAGAACAGCUACAGGCACUCCCACGACUCUGCCUCCCGUAACAGGGUCAAGGAGCAACUCAAUGCUGGCUUGAGCCGGCUGCCUGACUGGCCCGAGCGCACAGAUGAGCUGCGUAAUUCUCUUCCCGAGCUGCUGGCUCGGCAGCGCAUACCGCCAAAUGCUCUCAGCCCGCCGCCGCCUCAGUCUCCCCUCGGCCUGCCCCAGAUUCAGCAGCCGCAGUACUCCCCACAGCAGUAUGCUGCUGUUCAGCCGCCAAUGCAGACGCAGCAGGCUCAGGGACCGCAGAUGUGGACGCCCCAGGGGCAGCUGACGGUGCAACAAUAUCAGCAGAUGAACAUGCAACAGCAGCAGCAGCAGCAACAACAACACAUGAUGGGACAGUACAGUGUUCAGGCUGCCCCGAGUGGCAUGCAGUAUGGCUGGCGAUGAGUAUAUGACUGCUGGUUUGAUCACUUCCAGACUGUGGAUAGCGAAUCUCCCGCUCCAUUCUCUGUUUUCUCCGCUUCACACGGCAAAUCUGUUGUUGUACAAGAUACCUUCACAUG